UUUUUCUUUAGGUUCUUUAGCUUACUUUCCCUAACAUAAGUGAGCACAACCAACCCCUAGUGUUUUUUUUCAAAUAUCGAAGAAACUCGCUUCCUCUUCUUUUAUAACUCUUUUAAAUCUUUUUUUUUUUCAAACUUUUAUUUUAACAACAUGCGUGAGUGUAUUUCUAUCCACGUUGGUCAAGCCGGUGUCCAAAUCGGUAACGCCUGCUGGGAACUUUAUUGCCUUGAGCACGGUAUUCAACCCGAUGGUCAAAUGCCAUCAGACAAAUCCGUCGGUAUUUGCGACGAUUCUUUUAAUACUUUUUUUUCUGAAACCGGAGCUGGCAAACACGUUCCCCGCACCGUUUUUGUUGAUUUGGAACCUACCGUCGUCGAUGAAGUCCGUACUGGUACUUACCGCCAGUUAUUUCACCCUGAGCAAUUGAUCACCGGAAAGGAAGAUGCUGCAAAUAAUUAUGCUCGUGGUCACUAUACUAUUGGAAAAGAAAUCGUCGACCUCGUCCUUGAUCGUAUUCGCAAGCUUGCUGAUAACUGCACUGGUCUCCAAGGAUUUUUAGUUUUUCAUUCCUUCGGUGGUGGUACCGGAUCUGGUUUUGGUGCUUUACUUUUAGAACGUCUCUCUGUUGAUUACGGAAAGAAAUCCAAAUUGGAAUUCUCCGUCUAUCCCGCACCACAGGUCUCUACUGCCGUCGUUGAACCUUAUAAUUCUAUCUUAACAACUCAUACUACUUUGGAACAUUCAGACUGUGCUUUUAUGGUCGAUAAUGAGGCUAUUUAUGAUAUCUGCAGGAGAAAUCUUGACAUUGAACGACCAACCUACACUAAUUUGAACAGAUUAAUUGCUCAAGUGGUUUCUUCUAUUACGGCUUCACUUCGUUUCGAUGGAUCACUCAACGUUGACUUGACUGAAUUCCAAACAAAUUUGGUCCCAUAUCCUCGUAUCCAUUUCCCAUUGGUCACAUACGCUCCAGUUAUUUCCGCCGAAAAGGCUUAUCACGAACAACUUACUGUGGCCGAAAUUACCUACUCCUGCUUCGAACCAAAUAAUCAAAUGGUCAAAUGUGAUCCACGCCACGGCAAAUAUAUGGCUUGUUGUUUGUUAUACCGUGGCGAUGUCGUUCCAAAAGACGUCAACGCCGCCAUUGCCACCAUCAAGACCAAACGGACCAUUCAAUUUGUAGACUGGUGUCCAACCGGUUUUAAAGUUGGUAUUAACUAUCAACCCCCAACCGUUGUCCCUGGUGGUGAUCUUGCCAAAGUUCAACGUGCUGUUUGCAUGUUAUCAAAUACAACUGCUAUCGCUGAAGCGUGGGCACGCUUAGACCACAAAUUUGACUUGAUGUACGCCAAACGUGCUUUCGUCCAUUGGUAUGUCGGUGAAGGUAUGGAAGAAGGUGAAUUCUCUGAAGCACGUGAAGAUUUGGCCGCGUUGGAGAAGGAUUACGAGGAAGUGGGAACUGAUUCACUUGAAGGAGAAGAAGAGGAAGCUGAAGAAUAUUAAGCUCGAAAUUACAAAGUUGUAAUUUGGGACCUCCAUGCAAAUAUAAUUUUUUUUUAUAUGGUAUAAACAAACCAUAAGAAUCCCUUUUACCUCUUUGUAAUUUUUAAGCUCUAUAUAUAUAAUUCUUUUAUUUUCUUUUAAAAAAAAAAAAUUUGGAGUAAAU